AUGGUAGGUACAAGGAAUACGACGGGUCGUUUUCAGUCGUCGAAAAAAUCUAGUCCGUCGUUCUUCUUCCUGCUACUAGAUACGCUGGACCUUAGCACGCAUGCCACCGACGAUGGUGCGGUCGGUAACGAGAGUGACAAGACCGAUAAAUUUCUGGAUAAUUACGGUGACAUCAUAAGCAAUACGUCGACUCGUCACAAACAAAAAGAAAAUACUCCCCUCGCCGCUGGCGAUCUGAGUAGAGUAUCGGUAACAGCGGCGGCUGACGUUCUGGUCGGUUCUGCUGCUCCAUCGACCACUCUGGUUAGUUUAAAAAGAAUGCUUCGCUUCGGAUCAAGAGUAAAUACGCUAGCAGCGGCUGCGACGAACGGCAACGGUAGCAACGACAGUCUUAGCUUGCUGGAAUGCCAAGUGCUCUACAAAGGAUUUACAAUUCUGUUUGGUGUCACUGCCGCAAACCAACUUCCUCCUAAAGUGAUCGAAACCAGGGAAACUCUGCUCCACGAUUUACACUCCUUGCAGGAAGUGAUUCCGAAAGAUCGCUUAGUGCACAAUGCUGGUAGCACGGAAAAUGCAGCUAAAGUACAGAACCUCUUCGACGAGUUUCUUCUUCAAAACCAGGACAGCAUCAGCGCGGUGCUGCGCGUUCUCAAGCUGGUUGAUCGUAGUGCUGAGAACGUAAUUCAGGAUUGCGUGCGAAUCUUCGAUUUAGAGGUGCUGAGCAGCGCUAAUGUAAUUUUCGAACACGUGAGCAAGCCGCUUCUUUUCGAGGUUAGAGAUCUUUGCGAACUGAUCGCCGCUGGUCGAUUGGACACGGUCGAAGUUGCCUUGGAAAAGGUUGAACGUGAGGCGGCUAAUUAUCGCACCAAGUUGGACCAAACGUUGCAGGAUAUAGCGUUAGUUUCGAGUCAAUUAGCUGGUGACCAUAUUACUGACAGAGUGCAGUUCAAAGAAGAAACCAUUUGGACUCAAUUGCAACAGCUGAAUCAAACGUUUCGGGAAGAGUUGGAUAGAAGUUUUUCAAAGUAUUUCAAUGUGUGGAUUGGAAAGUAUAAAAAAUUUGCUGCGUCGCUUCCGGAAGGGUUUGAUUCCGACGAGAACUUAGGAGUGGUUGCACUGUUCGAUUUCCUGGACCUUUUGGAUAACGAAACUAGUGUGCUGCAAGACGAGUUAGAGGAAUUUUUGGACUAUUGGGUGUACUUAGUUGAGGAAUCUCUUGAAUCGGUAACGAAUGGUUCAUUGGAAGUUGUAGAUUUUCUACAGGACUAUCCACUGGAACGUUUGUUGGAUGGUGAAACCAGCUUGAAAUGUGUUUCUGCAUACUACCAAAAUCUAGAUCAGACACUUUUAACCUUUUUGGAUAACUUCUACCAGUGUGUUGAAUACGAUCAAGAAAUGUCGAAAGCAUUCCAUCAACUAGAGUCUAUACUGAAUUCUACUGAUAAGGCAGUUGAAUUUGUUUUGGAUAGUUACAUCACCUGCGGGAAACUGGUUGAAAAGUUCAACGGAGAGUUGGAUCUGGAGGAAUGUUUGGAGGACUUGUCUGAGCUACUCGAACAAACAGAAGAGUUUGUUGAACGUAAAGCUAACGAAAUCUAUUACCACGUUGAGGAUGCAUUGGUCUUCAGUGAAGUCAUAAUGGGUGCAUGCGUCCACAUGAGGGCACGGGAUGCGAUACUGGAAGUCGGAGAAAGGUUAAGCAACUUCGAUAAGUGCAACAUAAGAGUUAGAAAGUGA